AUGAGCCCGGCAGAAAAUACAAAGGAUAUCCUCGUGAUAUAUGAGCAAGAAGCAGAAGAGUGGGCUCUGUAUUUAAAAUCUCUUUUUGGACUCAUAGUGGACAAAGAAGGAAUCUUACUCUAUGAUCUAGAAAAUUCAUCUUUCAAGCACCAAGAGCUACUCUGUUUACUGUCUUAUAAAUGUAAACUCCUGAUACUCUCAUGUGGACUUCUUAACUGCCUGAAUCAAAGGACAAGUUAUUUUCUGGAACAAGUUCUAAAACCUCUGGAUAAUGUGGUAAUUCUGCUUUGUGGAGUGGAGAAUUCAGAGAUUCUUUAUGAGAUACUGACCUUAGCUGGUGGCAGCAAAGAGAUUUCUACUGAUCAGAAGCCUGAGGAAUACAUUUCUGUUGUUAAAGAAAUUCUUCAACCAGAUAAACCAUGGGAUGAAAAUCCUGGAGAUUCUGUGUCUUACAUCUAUGAAGCAGUUCUUGCAGAUGAUCACCAGACUAUCUCUGAUAUUAACUUGUCAGAUGCCAGGGGAGCAUCAGAAGAAACAGACCUCACUUUUAAAACAGAGGUACUUUCUGAAACAUCAGAAAGUGAUGAGCAGUCAAUAUUGGUGCUUCCGAGAAGAAUAUCAUGUGAGAACCCUGGUGAAAUAUUCAUUCUGUUGAAAGAGGAAAUAGAUGAAGAAACUCUAGAAGUGGAAUUCAUAACAGAUAAUCAACAAAUUAGAAUGCAGACAGCCUCUUGGAACAAGAAGGUCAAAUAUGUGAAAGCCCUAGAUUUUCCUGCUGGUCCUGUAUAUGUAAAUGUCUACUGUGGGGGAGUCAUUAAGAGGACAGCACAGAUUGAAUACUAUACUGCACUAGAGGAAAUUGAACCCAUUUUGAAGAAAGUGGCUGACCCAAUAGCUUUCACUUGUCAGGCAUUGAAAUUUUCUUCUGUAGAGAAGGUAGACAAUGUUCUGACUUCAUUACUGAGAAACAAAAUAUCUACUUAUGAAUUCAGCCUACUCCAAAGUGAAGAAGAGCACCAUCACCAAGCUAAUAGCCCUUUGGAAGAAUUUCCUACCCUGCUUCACUGUGCCGCCAGAUUUGGCUUGAAGAAACUUGCAGCAUUUCUACUCAGUUGUCCUGAGGCCACACGGGCUUGCAAAAUUACCAAUAAAUAUGGAGAUGAUCCAGAGAGUAUUGCAACGAAGCAUGGGCACAAGGAAUUAAGAAAAUUAAUCCAAGAAUUGUCAAACAAUGCAGCAAGUGAUUUCACUAAUUGCAAGGAGGAAGAGAGUGACACUUAUGAGCUUAUGUUAGGCUCAGAAGCUCCACCAGGCAUGGGUAAGUCGUCCAAGCAGAACUCAAGAGAUCAAUAUGCAGUUGGAUUGAGAUGCCAACAAGAAUUUGAGGUGGAUGAGGAAAAGAAGGAUGACCUAAAAGACAGCAGAGAGGAGACAGAAGAUGAAGAUGAAGAGGAUUCAUACAGCCCUCACAACAGUCCUGGCAGUUUGUAUGUCAAUGUAAGGGAUGAGCUCAAAGAGAGCAGGAGAGAUUGCUUUUUCUGCAAGAGGCCACCCCCUCCUCCCCCUCGAAAUCUGCCUGGCAUCCAAAGACAGGACAAUCUGAAGAAUUCAUCACAAGAGAGGACUUUUGUGAUGGACAGGAGUAAAAGAGAGCAGAGUGAUGGACUCCCAACCACAUGCUGUGGAGAAGACCAGGGUUCCUGUGAGGAGGACAGCGAGGAGGAGCACCCCUACACUUGUGUGGCACAGGAUGAAGGAGUGUACGACCUCAUCCUGGGGCAGGAGGAGCAGGAGGAGGAGAAAAGGAGGCACUGCAGGUCCUUCAUCAUGAACAGACCGCCAGCCCCUGCGCCCCGGCCCGCAUGCUCGCUGGUCAGGGAGGAGAACACUCCCUACAUUGUACAAGUGUUCCAGCAGAAGGCCUGUCGAGUGACCAGUGACAACAGCAGGACAUACUGCGAGGCCAGGAGCCCUGGUACUGUAGAAGCACACAGAGGUCGCACUGAGACAGUAACUUACAGCACUGUGGUACACAAGAUGCCUUCUGAGCAGGAAGAACUCAUCCACUUACAGAAACAGGUGAAAAAUGGGGCAAUUUCUGUGGAUGAAGCCCUUGACAGGUUUAAACAGUGGCAGAACAAAAAGCAGAGACUACCAUCCACUCAACAGGAAAAAGUUCAUCACCUGAGAGACACCACUAUCAGAAACAGACAAGAAAAUGAAAACCUCAAUGUUUCUAAGGAAAGCAGAGUAGAGAGCAUUCAUUUGAGAGACAUUUUGUUUCACGUGUCAUUUAGUAAAGUGUCUACAACUAGGAGCCCCACAGACCAGGAACAGAUGCCUAAUUACCCAAGUGUGACUCUCCAGCCAGCUGCACACCAGUUUCCUCUGCUUGGCAUCCCACACAUGUUCCAGCUGUGCCCUGACAGCCUCAGGCUCCAUCCUACUGUGACACCUCCAUGGGAUCAUUGCUGCACUUCCUUGGAUCCUCUUGCCAGGGCCAGCUCUGGAAGAAGACCAGUAUCACUAAAGGAAAUGAAUAAGGUUUCUUGUAAAGUCAUCACUGAAUUUUACACCUUUUUCUGUGCUUUUUUUUUUUUUCCAAGAUGACAGCUGACAAUUUAUAUAAAGAUGUAUUGGAUGCUUUGGUUAAUAAUUUUUGAACUCAUUUCAGUUUUUCCAUUGUGCUUGAUAAGUUGUUUAAAAGUA